AUGUCAGCUUCAACGGAACCCCCCGUUUACACGCUCGCGGAGGGCCGGCCCGUGCAAGACCCGGCAUCCUCGGUCAUUCUUCGCGGUCCAAAUGUUCGCGGCGGCGGGCUUGGGCUGCUGCAGGACACUCAGCUCAUCGAGACCUUGGCGCAUUUCCCGAGGGAGAGAAUCCCGGAGCGAGUUGUUCACGCGAAAGCGGCUGGUGCCUGGGGUGAGUUCGAGUGCACGCACGACAUCACCGAGUGGUGUUCUGCCGCCUUGUUCAAGGAGGUCGGCAAGAAGACGGAGGUCCUCGCCCGCAUCUCCACGGUCGCGGGGGAGAGGGGCUCGUCGGACACCGUCCGCGACAUCCGAGGCUUCGCGCUCAAGUUCAAGACUGAGGAGGGCAACUGGGACUUCGUCGGCAACGACCUCCCCGUCUUCUUCAUCCGCGACCCGGUCAAGUUCCCCUCGCUCAACAGGUCCCACAAGCGCCACCCGCAGACCGGCGUCGCGGACGCGAGCAUGUUCUGGGACUUCCACAACAACAACCAGGAGGGCGCCCACUCGCUGUUGCAGCUCUUCGGGGGCCGCGGCAUCCCCGCGUCCCUCCGCAACGUGAACGGGUACGGCAACCACACGUACAAGUUCGGAAAGCCGGAGGACGGCACGUUCAAGUACGUCAAGAUCCACUUCAAGCCCGACGAUGGCAUCAAGACCCUUUCGGGGGAGGACGCCGCCCGGCUGGCUGGCGAGGACCCCGACUACCACGUCAAGGAUAUGUACAACGCCAUCGAGCGGGGCGAGUAUCCCACCUGGACGAUGAUGCUUCAGGUCAUGAACCCCAAGGACGCCGAGAACUACAGAUGGAACAUCUUCGACAUCACCAAGGUGUGGUCUCACAAGGACUACCCCCUGAUCCCCGUCGGCAGGCUCACCUUGAACAAGAACCCGGAGAACCACUUCCAGGACAUCGAACAAGCCGCCUUUUCGCCUUCGACGUUGAUCCCCGGCAUUGCCCCGUCGGCGGACAUCAUGCUACAUGCUCGCAUGUUUAGCUACCCCGACGCCGCCAGGUACCGCGUUGGGCCGAACUACCAACAGCUGCCGUGCAACCGGGCGCUCAACGUCUAUUCCCCGUACCAGAGAGACGGCCCGAUGCGCGUCGACGGCAACUACGGGUCCGACCCCGAUUACGUUCGGUCCUCAUUCCGAAAGAUCAGGAGCGGUCCAGCAGAUGUCGCCCACGAGGAGUGGGUCGGCAGAGUCCAAGAUUACAACUCUGACGUUACCGACGAGGACUGGGAGCAGCCGCGGAUGCUCUGGAAGCUGUUCAAGGAGCAGGGCGAGGACAAGGUGUUGAUCCACAACCUUUCUAUGCACAUCAACAAGGCGCUGCCAGAAGUCCAGAAAGAGGCCAUCAAGUCAUGGGCCAAUGUGGACGAAGAGCUCAGCAAGAGGCUUGAGGAAGCUUUGAGCAAAAUGGGAGAGAACACGGAUCAUAAGAAGGCACCACCCAGUCAGAUUGCCCUAUUGAGGCACAGAAAGUGA